AUGCGCUUUUGGCAAUGGUUGGUGGCGCUUCCGGGUGUGCUCGCUCAGACGCACACGGGAGAAGUACAGUUUCUGCCGAGACAAGUAGAUGCCGUUGAAUCGCGAGACUUUGUGUAUCUCGGUCAGUAUGCCAACUAUGACUAUAUCGGGUUGGUCCGCGUUAACGGGACAAAUGGGACGCUCACAGCAACACUCACUCAACUUCCGGGAACUACUGCAGUCGAAGGCGUUGACUUUGACUUCUACCAGAACUCCGUUACUUGGCAAGACGGCGAUUGGGAGCCGAAGGCAAUUCUCUUCAUCGUCUACGACAAUCAAAUCGCUGGCCCUGUUAAGGUUGUAAACAUUGGGAUCGACACUGUCCCCAUCAAUGCUACUUCUGGUGACGCGACGUUCCAGGCAAUUAUCCGGGACAACAAUGAUGGCGGGACCAUCUCCAUCACGCCACUGGUUGUUCCUCUGGACGAAAAGUUUGGACAUGACGAGUGCAUCAUGUGGGCCGAGCGGCAGGGACAUGCAUUCAGUGGAAGAACCGAGCUUUUCGUUGAGACCGUUACUUGUGACGCGAUUCAACCACGGUAUCGUGCAGAGACGGGGAGGGACUUCUGGGCCUUGCCGCAGGCGCCUGAACAGGGGAUAGUGUGGGAGGAUGGUGAAUCCGACAGGAAGUGCGUCGUCAGGAACCUUGCAUUCCAGACAGCUGUUGAUCUGAAUGGGAGAAGUAGGUCGCCGGAGAACGUGAGCCUGUUUGUCUUGCUCAAUCCGGACGCAGAGCCAGAAGCAGAGGAGAGGAUAUGUAUCAACGCAACUCUAUCUGCCAAUAGCACAGCAAUUCUGCAGCCGGCAAGCCAGCAGACAAGCAUUGCCAUCGUCGACGUUGACUUGUCGGCGGAAUUGAAGUUGAAUUGUACCAGGGGCUUAGCUUGCGUUCUGGACGUUUCGGCAUUGCCUUUUGUCGGGAAUGACUCGGGCUUCGUCCAGGAUGCAGGAGACUCGCCCGAGCAGGACCAGCAGUGUCUGUCAACUUGCGAUCCUAACAACUCCAGCGGCGUGGUCUUCUUCAGAACCGAUGGCGAUGCGAAGACAACUAGCAUCGACGUGGGAUACGCACUGCGUGACUGGAAGCCUGGCGAGAAGCUGAUCUGCAAGUGCAACAGUUUGCAGAGUCGGGUGUCUGAGGGAGCAACAUCUCUCCUCGCGAAGAUGCAGCUCCACGGCCCGUAUCUUUCGAACACGGCCGCUUGUGCCCAAAGCUGGCCUACUUGCAAUGUCGCAGACCUUCUCGGACUGGGCUUCAAGGUUGGCACCGACCAUCUUCGCGUCAUGAAAUCGUGCAGCAAUGCGGCGUCCACACCUCAUGAACUUGCAGUAGGCUCCCAUGCUAUCUAUGGUACCGAUGGCCAGUACCGAAUGGAGUCGUUCGAGCUGAUGCGGCCGACCAGGGUUGGAUUUUACAACAUGUGUUGGUGUCGCGAGACAGCUGAACGGAACUGUUCUGAGCAUGGCGAUUUCUCCGUUUCAGCCGGGACAUUCGUGUACGUUGGGCCCAACGCACGGUCCUGGAUGGACCCUUACGAACUUGGGAGUUGGAACUCUUUCCAGGUCCCUGAGGUAUACGGCACCGGCUUGAGACUGGGGGAUCGCGCCAUGCUCUUGCUGAAGUGUGGUGAGGAAGGCUCAGCAGAUGUGAAUGUCAGUGCCGAGUACAAUGAAGCGCUGCAUGUUUUUGACUUCGGCAUGCUAUCAGCAAGCGAUGGCUUGCUGGCCACGGUUUACGCAGUCUGCUGGUGCCAGACCAAUCAUGAAAUGGGCUACCAUUGUGAUUCGGCGGCGGAGUUUCGUGCCGAGAUGGGGAAAGUUGCCUUCUUGUGUCCACGCCGAGAAGUCGAUCGAGACAGAGAUGGCGUUUGUGAUUUGUGCCCCCUGAUGUUCCAGACUGCUGGGGGCUGGGACUCAAUGGAAUGCGUUAUCGAUGGGAAUCUGUUCCUGCUGACCUGUCUACUGUUCAUUGUCAGCACCCUGUUGUUUCUAUCAUGUACGACCAGUCUCCGAUUCUCUGGCUCGAGGAGAUUUGGCUUCGUGCAGGGGGUACCGAGACUCAUCGAGGACAUCUCGCAAGAGUCUGGCAGCGUGCUUGUCACGGUGGUGGGCUACCACAACCUCACCGUGUUCACGAAGACGCAGUCCAUCCCAGUGAAGCUCACGGGCACCGGCCACUUCCUGUUAGACACCCAGUACUCCAAGAGCAUUGCAUUGCGUGCUCGGCCAAUAGGCUCGAACACACUGGAGCUGCUUGAUGCAGAUGGCAACACGCUGAACUUCCGAGCCGACAGCUCCAUGGGUCUCCUGCGGCUGUCAAUGUUUCGUGCCUUGCUGCAUUCGACCAUCUUGGGCGUGAAAUUCCCCCUCUUCGCCCAAAUCAUCGUCCUGUUGAGCGCGUAUGGCGUCAUAUGCGGCUUUCUCAAUCCCGUCCCAGGAGAAGUCGGAGCCUUCUUGCUGCUUCCGCUCAUUUUCGCCCUUGGCAUCACCGUGAUUUGGCGCUUUGUGCUGCGAACCUCUAGCUCGUUAACAAGACGGCUCGAGCGCUUCUCUCAGGAGCUCAAGAAGCGGAACCCUCAUCCCAAGGCCUGCAAAAAAGGUCCGGAUCGUGCCAUUGCCGUGAGGGAUGUCGUUGAGCUAUAUGACAAGUUCGGUGCAUUCAUCAAGGACAGAAACAUGUACUACAUCGACCCCAACAUCUUGAGACGGCUGACAAAGAACCACAAGCUCUCCUAUGCAGAACUAGUCGGCCCACAAAAGGUGCAAUGGUUUGUGAGCCACUGGUGGGGUACCCCAUACUAUGUGUACUGCAGGGCCUUACAGCGGCACGCAAAAGCGGUCUGUGAUACGGCAGACGACGUGACAUGGGGUGCCACGAGCUACUGGAUAUGCACUUUCUCCAACAACCAGUACCAGAUCAAAGAGGAGCUUGGUAGCUCCCACAAGGAAUCCUCGUUCUACCUAGCCCUUCACAGUGGAAUCUGCAGAGGCACUUGCAUGAUCCUAGACGAGAUGGCGAUGCCUUUGAAAAGGUCAUGGUGCCUUUUCGAGUUGCUACAGACCAUCAGCCUGGAAGCAACCCAGGUGGGUUUCAAGGGCUUGCUGUUCUGCACAGAGAACGGCGUCUUGAAUUUCGGGGCAUCAACCGUGGAGAUGUCAAUGCAAAUUGGUGAGCGCUUGUCAACGCUCAGCCUGGAGGAUGCAGAAGCAACCACGGAACAGGACAAGAACAUGAUUACGGGGCUUGUGCUGCAGGAAAUGGACAGCUUUGAGAAGAUUGACAAGGUCCUGCGAGAGCAUAUCGGCGAUGCCUUAGGCAUCUGCCGUGAUCGCGUCGACGGUGAUUUUACCUCUCUGUUCAAGAAGCUCGGGACGUGGGACUACGAGGUCUCCGGUCGGAGGGCCCUAGGUUCUGUUAAGCAGACAAAGGAGGCGCCAGACCACACCUCUAUCUGA